AAAGGGAAAUGGGAAAAGGAGAAGGGAAGGGAAAAGGGAAAAAGGAAAAAAGGGAAAAGGGAAGGGAUCCCUGGGGAGGCCAACAAGGAGAACAGGGAAGCAUCUCCCCUCCCGCCACCCCAAAAUCUGCUCCUGCAUGACCUGGGGAUGCCAUUCCCACACAAAUCCCAUUGGAAUGGCGCUCUUAGGCCGUUAUUCUGGAGCUUCCCUGUUCCCCCCCGUGGACCUCCCCACCCUCCCACCGCUGAGGCUCGGGGACAAUUCAGGCUCCUGUCCCCUGUCCCCUGUCUGAUCCUGGCGCUCCUUCCCCAGCACACGCACUACCCGCAGUUUUCCAGCCGGGAAUUCGCGGGGCGGACGCGGCGCGGGCCCUUCGGGGACGCGCUGGCCGAGUUCGAUGACUCCGUGGGGCAGCUGCUGCAGGCGCUGCGGGACAACGGCCUGGAGAGCUCCACGCUGCUGUUCUUCACCUCCGACAACGGCCCCUCCACGCUGCGCAUGGCCCGCGGGGGCAGCGCCGGCCACCUCAGGUGUGGCAAGGGCACGACCUACGAGGGUGGCAUGAGGGAGCCGGCCGUGGCCUACUGGCCGGGCAGGAUCGCGCCAGGUGUGACCCACGAGCUGGCGAGUGCCCUGGACGUGCUGCCCACCCUGAGUGCCCUGGCUGGCGCUGCCCUGCCCAAGGUGGCCCUGGAUGGAUUCGACCUGAGCCCGCUGCUCUUCGGGGAGGGGAAG